UGGUAGCUCCCUGUGCACUGGGCGCCUGGGCAGGCCGCCUGCAAGGCCGUGGUGGGUGCCUGACUCCCGUGGAGGCUGGCGCAGCUGCUGCCCUGAGAUGCCGCCUCACAGGGACGACAAGGGGUCGGCCUACCGGGCCACAGCUGCCCCUCUCUGUGCUGUAGCCAGCCUGUUACCUAGGUGACCCUGCCGUCAUCCCAGCAGCUGUGGCUGGGGAGGCUGGACUGGGAGCUGGCUGCACACCGUCCCCAGCCCAGGGUGGCACGUCGGUGGGGUCACCCACCCUGGGGACUGGGCACGCGGACGUGUGUGGGUGUGGAGACACGUGUGUCCCUCCAAGGACCCAGGGGCAGUGCCAGGCUCGGCGUGGUGAGCGCAGCACGGCCCCCACCUGGACGCUGGCACCGCACAAUGGGCCUGUGAGCAGCACAAAGGGGCAUUUUCCUGCGAGUGGGGGGCGGGGCGGGCCAGCAGCUGGACGCCUCCUUCCUGCUGUGGAGAACCGCAGCCCCGUCAGAGUGGUGAGACGCCAGGUGGGGGAUCCCAGGUGCAGGGUCUGGCUGGCGGCUGUGUGGGGCGGGGUCUGCCCAACCCGGGGCUGGGGGCACCUGCCAGGCACUUUAUGAGAAUGGCUGGGCCUCGGUGCUCCCUCCUCUCCUGUGGGCCUCUGAGGCAUCCAUGGGGCAAGGGACGGGACAGGGAGGGGACAGUGCCCUGGCUACCUGCCCCCAAGCCCCCACCUGCCCAGGGGUCCCACUUCCUGGCCUGUUGCUCCUGCCUCUCACGGUGCUGUCCUGUGCCAUGCGUGCUGUGGUCCUGCAGCCCCUUCUGCCCAUCACGGCGGGCAGUGUCUCUUCUGGCUGCCCCAGUCAGCUUUCCUGGUGGUGUGGUCUUUCGUGUGCACUGGCUGGCUUCUCGUGCUCACAAAGAACUGGCAGGCAGGCAGCCUCAGAGGAGGUCGAGGCCCUCCCCCUUUCCCCAGGCCACCCUAGCCCAAGGCCUGGUCUGGGAAACUGAGGCUGGCCCCUGGAGCCGCCCCUCCCCCUUGAGACUAGCCCUGUUUCCUUGGUGACCCUGGUUCCCGCCCAGAGCUCCUGCCCCCUCUUUUGUCCCCUCUUCUGUGUUCUCCUGGCUCCUGCAGGGAAUCCCAACUCCAGCUCCAGGCAACGGCUCCUGCGUUGUCUCCGGGCAACGUCACUGACCCCUCCCUGGUCCUCCCUCCUGGGGCCCCUCGGCCUGCCUGUCUGCUGUGAAGCCUGUGGUUACUGAGACUCUGACACUGGCCCUGGGCACUUGAAGCAGGUCACCCAACCUCUCCAAGCCCCUGUGGCCUUGCCCCCAGCUGGCUUGGCCUGGGCCCUCCUCCAUCCCGGGCUUCCCAGGCCUGGCCUGGCACCUCUGCCCAUGUGAUCCUGACCUGUGGCCCAACUCUGGUGCGCACAGACGCACAUGAGGCCGACGGAGAGCCGUGAGCCCGGCCUGGGCCAAGCAUGCUCUACGGUGCCCCCGGCGUGGAGUUCACAGGCCUGCACCGAGACACAGCCACUGUCACCCAGAUGCACUUCCUGCCUGGCCAGGGCCGCCUCCUAACCCUGCUGGACGACAGUAGCCUCCACCUUUGGGAGAUCAUCCACCAUAAUGGCUGCGCCCACCUGGAGGAAGCCCUCAGCUUCCAGCCGCCCAGUCGUCUGGGCUUCGACGGUGCCAGCAGCCUGCCCAGCCUUGCCCGCAUCACAGUGGUCCUGCUGGUGGCUGCUGGUGACAUGGCCGCCCUGGGCACUGAGGGCGGAAGCGUCUACUUCCUGGACGUUCCCACGCUGAUGCUGCUUGAGGGGCAGACCCUUGGCCCAGAUGAGGUUCUGCGAAGCGUGCCUGACGACUACCGGUGUGGGAAGGCACUGGGCCCCGUGGAGUCGCUUCAGGGACACCUACAGGACCCCACCAAGAUCCUCAUCGGCUACAGCCGGGGCCUGCUGGUCAUCUGGAACCGAGCCGCGCAGUGUGCAGACCGCGUCUUCCUGGGGAACCAGCAGCUGGAGAGUGUGUGCUGGGAGCGCAGCGGCCGCACACUGGUCAGCUCGCACAGCGAUGGCAGCUAUGCCAUCUGGUCUGCAGACGCAGGUGGCUCCCCGACGGCGCAGCCCACCAUGGCCACCACGCCCUAUGGCCCCUUCCCCUGCAAAGCCAUCAACAAGAUUCUGUGGCGAAACUGUGCGUCCGGUGACCACUUCAUCAUCUUCAGCGGUGGCAUGCCCCGCGCCAGCUACGGCGACCGCCACUGCGUGAGUGUGCUCCGGUCCGAGACCCUGGUGACGCUGGACUUCACCUCCCGCAUCAUUGACUUUUUCACGGUGCACAGCACACGGCCUGAGGACGAGUUCGACGAGCCCCAGGCCCUGGCCGUGCUGCUUGAAGAGGAGCUGGUGGUGCUGGACCUGCAGACGCCAGGCUGGCCGGCUGUGCCUGCUCCGUACCUGGCCCCCCUGCACUCUUCCGCCAUCACCUGCUCGGCCCAUGUUGCCAACGUCCCUGCCAAGCUGUGGGCGCGCAUCGUGAGUGCUGGCGAGCAGCAGAGCCCCCAGCCUGCCUCCAGUGCCUCGAGCUGGCCUAUCACCGGGGGCCGGAACCUGGCUCAGGAGCCAUCGCAACGAGGGCUGCUGCUGACCGGCCACGAGGACGGCACCGUGAGGUUCUGGGACGCCUCAGGCGUGGCCCUGCGGCCGCUGUACAAGCUGAGCACGGCCGGCCUCUUCCAGACGGACUGCGAGCACGCCGACAGCCUGGCCCAGGCUGCUGAGGACGACUGGCCACCCUUCCGCAAGGUGGGCUGCUUCGACCCCUACAGCGAUGACCCCCGGCUUGGCGUGCAGAAGGUGGCGCUCUGCAAAUACACAGCCCAGAUGGUGGUGGCCGGCACUGCAGGCCAGGUGCUGGUGCUGGAGUUAAGUGAUGUGCCGUCGGAGCAGGCAGUCAGCGUGGCCAGCGUGGACCUCCUCCAGGACCGCGAGGGCUUCACGUGGAAGGGCCACGAGCGGCUGAGCCCGCGCACGGGGCCGCGGCCCUGGCCGGCUGGCUUCCAGCCCCGCGUGCUGCUGCAGUGCUUGCCACCGGCUGCUGUCACCGCUGUCACGCUCCACACUGAGUGGGGCCUUGUGGCCUUCGGGACCAGCCAUGGCUUUGGCCUCUUUGACUAUCAGCGCAGGAGCCCCGUGCUGGCUAGGUGCACCCUGCACCCCAACGACUCCCUGGCCAUGGAGGGGCCGCUGUCCCGGGUGAAGUCGCUCAAGAAGUCGCUGCGCCAGUCCUUCCGACGCAUCCGCAAGAGCCGCGUCUCCGGCAAGAAGCGCGCUGCCAACGCCGGCAGCAAGUUGCAGGAGGCCAACGCGCAGCUGGCGGAGCAGGCCGGGCCUCACGACGUGGAGGUGACGCCUGUGCAGCGCCGCAUCGAGCCCCGCUCGGCCGACGACUCCCUGUCCGGCGUCGUGCGCUGCCUCUACUUCGCCGACACUUUCCUUAGAGACGCGGCCCACCACGGACCCACCAUGUGGGCAGGCACCAAUUCGGGCUCUGUGUUUGCCUACGCGCUGGAGGUGCCCGCGGCCACGGCAGGCAGUGAGAAACGGCCGGAGCGUGCGGUGGAGGCCGUGCUGGGCAAGGAGGUGCAGCUGAUGCACCGCGCCCCUGUGGUGGCCAUCGCUGUGCUGGACGGACGUGGCCGCCCGCUGCCGGAGCCCUACGAGGCCUCGCGGGACCUGGCGCAGGCCCCUGACAUGCAGGGUGGCCACGCCGUGCUCAUCGCAUCUGAGGAGCAGUUCAAGGUGUUCACACUGCCCAAGGUGAGCGCCAAGACCAAGUUCAAGCUGACGGCCCAUGAGGGCUGUCGUGUGCGCAAGGUGGCUCUGGCCACGUUUGCCAGCGUGGCCUGCGAGGACUACGCCGAGACCUGCCUGGCCUGCCUCACCAACCUGGGUGACGUGCACGUCUUCUCAGUGCCCGGCCUGCGGCCCCAGGUGCACUACGCCUGCAUUCGUAAGGAGGACAUCAGCGGCAUCGCCUCCUGCGUCUUCACGCGGCACGGCCAGGGCUUUUACCUGAUUUCCCCGUCGGAGUUUGAACGCUUUUCCCUGAGUGCGCGGAACAUCACAGAGCCGCUCUGCUCUCUGGAUAUUAGUUGGCCCCGUGAUGCCCCCCGUGCCAGCUGCAGGCUCCGAGAGUCGCCCAAGCUGAGCCAGGCUAAUGGGACCCCGGGUAUCGUCCUGGCCCCACAGAGCUGUGAUGGAAGCCCCGAUCCUGUCCUCAGCACGGGAGCUGACACCCCGGAGCCGCCCGAGGCCACACUCUCACCCAUGUCCGUUGACUCGGCCACCAGUGCCGAGACCACACUGGACACAACGGGGGACGUCACGGUGGAGGACGUGAAGGAUUUCCUGGGCUCGUCAGAGGACUCUGAGAGGAACCUGCGGAACCUGUCGGAGGAUGAAUCUCCCGCCUGUGCCAUCCUGAUCAAAUGAGGAAGGCCAGAGCCACCAGGCCACUGCCUGCUCUGCUCUGAGCUGGGAUCCAGGACUCCUGGCUCCAGCCUGGCCCUUCACCUGCUAACCUGGCCUCCAGCGGGACCUGCCUGCCCUGGUGCAGCGCCUCGGGUGGAUUCAGACCAGCCUUCCUACAGGCGGUGGCUACUCGGGGGCGGGGGGGGGGGCGGCCGCCAGCUGGGGCCGAAAGCCCAGGCCACCUCCCACUCCACGUGCCAUCGGUCCGUCCUCUCCACUUGCAAAGAGUAUUUUUCUAACGCCUUUGCCAGGCAAAACAGUCAUUUCUAAAACUAUUUUGGUACUUGUUCCUGGGCCAGCCCCCCCAGCUUGUGCGUGUGCGUGUGCGUGUGUGUGAGAGUGAGAGCUCCACUGGGCACCCAGGAGCGGGGCCUGGUCGAGUGUGUGCAGGAUGGGGGUGAGGGGGUGGGGCAGGAUGGGUUUCCCUGUAGAUUAUACCCUGGGUUUUUUUUUCCUAUCGUUUUGUUAAAAUUAGUGGUUUUAAUAUUAAAAAUACUGAUUUUUAAUAUUGAAAAUAAAAGCAUUUAAUAUCUCUUUAAA